AUGUCAGACACUAUUGAACAAGUCUGUCAAAAGAUGGCCAACCUUCAGCUUAAGGGAUUGACAGCAGAGGAUGAGUUUCCGGAUCUCAGUCAACACAACAAUCACAUGGCCAAGUUCUUAAACAUGGACAUGUACAAAACACUGAGGGAGCGGACCACCCCCAAUGGCUUUACCAUAGACCGAGUCAUCCAGACAGGCGUGGAUAAUCCAGGUCACCCCUUUAUCAUGACUGUGGGAUGUGUUGCUGGAGAUGAGGAGUCAUAUGAAGUCUUCAAAGAGCUGCUGGACCUCGUCAUUGAGGACAGACAUGGAGGUUACAAACCAACAGACAUGCAUAAGACUGACCUUAACCCAGAAAACCUCAUGGGAGGCGACGACCUUGACCCAGAAUAUGUUUUGAGCUCCCGUGUCAGAACAGGCCGUAGCGUCCGCGGCUUCUGCCUACCGCCCCUCUGCAGGCGAGGAGAGAGACGUGCUGUUGAGAAGCUCUCCGUUGAAGUUCUGGGUUCACUUACUGGAGACCUGCAGGGGAAAUAUUAUUCCUUGAGAGACCUGUCAGAAGCUGAGCAGCAGCAGAUGAUUGACGACCACCUGCUGUUUGACAAGCCAGUGUCCCCUCUGCUGCUGGCUUCAAGAAUGGCUCGUGACUGGCCCGAUGCUAGAGGCAUAUGGCAUAAUGAAAAAAAGACAUUUUUGGUGUGGGUGAACGAAGAGGACCAUUUACGAGUGAUCUCCAUGCAAAAGGGUGGUAACUUGAAGGAAGUGUUUACUCGUUUCUGCACCGGACUCACAGAGAUUGAAUCUUUGUUCAAAAACAAAGGGUUUUCUUUCAUGUGGAAUGAGCACCUUGGCUACAUCCUGACUUGCCCAUCCAACCUGGGAACUGGGCUACGUGCUGGUGUGCAUGUGAAGUUACCAAACAUGAGCGGUAAUCCCGAGUUUGAAGAAAUCCUUAAAAGACUGAGGCUGCAGAAACGUGGCACGGGUGGUGUGGAUACUGAUGCCGUGGAUGGUGUCUUUGACAUCUCAAAUGCUGAUAGACUCGGCUUCUCUGAGGUGGAGCUGGUACAGAUGGUCGUCGAUGGUGUGAAGUUGCUGGUGGAGAUGGAAAAGAAACUGGCGGCGGGUGAGCCCAUUGAUGAAUUAAUGCCCAACCAGAAGUAG